AUGCUUCCGACCACGAAACGAGUAUUAGCAAAGCAGGCCACUGGCCUUAUGGCCCGCGCGCAGGCCUACAGCUUAAGCGCACAGCGACAACGGCUACUAUCUACCCUGGCAGUUCUCGAACAGAAGGAUGGGAAGCUCAACCACAGCUCAUUGAGCGCCUUUACGGCUGCGAAGAAAUUGGGCGGAACUGUACACGGAUUCAUUGCAGGCAAGGAUGUCAAGUCUGUGGCUGAAGAGAUCGCCAAGGCUGAGGGCGUCGAAAAGAUUAUUGCUGUCGAUAAUGCUGCAUAUGAAAAGGGUUUGCCCGAGACCUACGCUCCCCUCUUGGUUGAGAACAUCAAGAAGGGCGGUUACACACAUGUCAUUGCAGGCCAUACCGCGUUCGGUAAGAACGUCAUGCCUCGAGUUGCUGCGCUCCUCGACUCACAGCAGAUCUCUGAUAUCACGGGAAUUGAGGGCGAGAACACUUUCGUCCGACCCAUCUACGCUGGAAACGCAAUCGCUACGGUUGAGUCGUCAGACUCUGUCAAGAUCGUCACCAUUCGAGGAACUGCUUUCGCUUCUGCUCCUCUCGAGGGAGGUUCCGCCACUAUUGAGGAGGGCGUUGACUCUAAGCCCGAAUCACCUACCGAGUGGGUUUCAGAGGACUUGGCCAAGUCUGAUCGCCCUGAUCUUUCUACUGCUGGCCGUGUCGUUUCGGGUGGCCGUGGUCUCAAGUCCAAGGAGGACUUUGACAAGAUCAUGAACCCUCUUGCUGACGCCCUCGGUGCCGCCGUUGGUGCGUCGCGUGCUGCUGUUGACAGCGGAUAUGCCGACAACAGUCUGCAGGUGGGUCAAACAGGCAAGGUGAUUGCACCUGAGCUGUAUAUGGCUGUAGGUAUCUCUGGUGCUAUCCAGCAUCUUGCGGGUAUGAAGGACAGCAAGGUUAUUGCUGCCAUUAACAAGGAUGCCGAUGCCCCCAUCUUCCAGGUAGCCGAUGUUGGCCUGGUUGGUGAUCUGUUUGAAAAGGUGCCAGAGCUUACCGAGAAGGUCAAGAGCUCAUAG